CCAUUUGUGCGUAUUGAGGGUUGUUUAGUUCCCGUCCGUUUGGUUUUGUUUUUGUUUCAUGAUUAUCUAUUAUUAGGUCCAGUUAGUUGCUUUACCCAAACCUUUGGCUAUUUCCUUUCCAAUUUCUUCAUUUGCGCACAACAAGUUGGCCUUUUAAAAUCUCAGAUUUUCCAUCCCCACCUCCCACGCCCAAAGUGGAAAGGAAAAUCCAAGAUUUUACAAAUUGAUUGAUUUCUCUCUCCCUUCUCCCUUCCCCCCGGUCGAGAUCAGAAAGAAACAGCUCUUUCUUUGAUGGCGGAAGAACACAGGUGCCAAGCUCCACGCCUCUGCGUAAAUAAUUGUGGAUUCUUUGGAAGCCCGACCACAAACGGCCUCUGCUCCAAGUGCUAUCGCAAUCUCCAGCUUAAGGAGCAGCAGUCUUCCUCUGCCAAAUUGGUCCUCAACCAAACCCUGCAGGUUCCUCCGGCAGCAGAACCUAUUUCUACUCCUUCAGCAUCAACAUCAUCAUCUUGUACGGAGGAGCUUGAUCGUCCUUGCAGCGCAGCAGUGAUGGAGGAGAAGGUAGCAGCGAAUCGGUGUGCAAGAUGCAGGAGGCGUGUGGGGCUUACGGGGUUCAAGUGCAGGUGUGGGUUGACGUUGUGUGGGUCCCAUCGGCACCCAGAACAACACUCAUGCCACUUCGAUUUCAAGGGAUUCGGGAGGGAGCAAAUCGCAAAGGCAAACCCUCUAAUCAAGGCCGACAAGCUUAACAAGAUUUGAAUCUUCAAUGAUUCUUAUGUGCUGUGCCUCAUUAUUCUGUAAAUUAAACUUAAUAUAACAAACUAUCCCUCCAUUCAAAUA